UUUCAUCUGACUACGUGAAAUGACUGCUGCUGCAGCAUUAGAAGAAAUGAAGACUUUGUCUCCAAUGCUUUGUCCCUCAUGUAAAAAGAGUUUUCAAGAACCAAGACUGUUACCAUGUCUUCAUUCAGUAUGCUUUGACUGCUUAGACUUAGAUAAAACCAGGUGUCCAGUGUGCAGUGGGAUCAUACCUCCACUUCCAGAGAUCCCAAAGGAUUUGCUGGUGGAGUAUUUAAUGUCUAACAAACAGACCUUAGAGGGAAUAUCCUGUGCAAAUUGUGAGCAAUCUCAUUCUAUUGAUGUCAUGUUGUUUUGCAACACUUGCAGUCAGCCCCUUUGUCAAAAGUGUAGAGAUUUCACCCACUCAGCCAAGAUGUUUGCGAAACACGAGAUUGUUGAUAUCUUAUCAAAACGAUUGAACAAACAACGAAUGUGCUCAUUGCAUAAUGAACCUUUCAUUAUGUUCAAUGCUGAAGAUAAGAGUCUAGUGUGUAUAAGCUGCUUCAGAGAGAUUGGGCUGUCCAAGCGAACGCACUGUUUGGAUAUUGAGACAGCGUACAGUACGGUACAGAACGCUAUGUGUAAGAGUAUCGAGUACACUUGUACUACACAGAGUUCCUUGUCAGAACUUGUGGACAAGAUUGAUCUCAUGAUAACUGAAACCAAAGACUCUUCUCAAAAAAGACUAGAAGAGAUAGAUGAGACGUACAGCAGCAUAACAAAAGCAGUGGAGUUAUGUAAGGAGCGACUGAUAGAGGAUUGUAAGGAGUACGCUGGCUCCUGUCUCUGUGGACUUCAGGAGAAACAGGACAGACUAAAGUUACUGUUACCUGUUCUUCAAACUACUCUCAGAGCUGCCGACCUCUUUACUUCAGUCUCUGAUAGGUUCGACCUAGUUGAGUUGGGAACGCAUGUUAUUGAGAGAUUACAAGCGUUAACAAGCAAGGUGACUCAGUUGCAGACUCUGCACAUCUCAGAAAACGA